AAUGAUGCUGGACAAGGGAUGCUGCAUGCUUUUGACCCUGAUGUACCUGCAGAAUCUGCUGUAUAAAUCAUGCAGUCCGGUUCUUUGUUUAUAUGAUUGAUGAGGGUACGUCAGAAUCACGACCUUCUCAUGGGGAGCUUGAUGUGGCUAUGUUGGGUGGAACUAUCUCCUUGACGCUGAUGAAGAAGUUACUUGUUCUGUUUCCCCUGAACAUGAGAAAUCAACUUUCUGAGAAGGAUGAUGUUACAUAUUUUGUCCUGGACAGUGUGAUGACAGAAAUAUUUCUGCACUUAAGCAAAUGGAUCUGCCCUCCCGGUGUUAUGUUGGAGAAAUUUUUAGAAUUUCUAGAGAAUGCGCUGCUUGGAAAGAUUUGUAGUGAUAGACGCUCUGGUAAAGCAAUCCAGGAGAAGCAUAUAAUUUCACUUCUUCCUUUUGUACCGAAACUUGUUUCGCAAGUGGCAAAUGACUGGAAGUCUGGUCUUCUUCAGGCUUUUACUAAGGCAUUCAAGGAUUGCAAUCCUGUGUCAUCUUUAAAAUUAGCUUGUCUUUCCACAAUGGAGGAGAUGGUUGUUCCUAGACAAGGCAUGCUGUACCUGGAUCCAAGGGAUCCCGAGAUAUUAAACUUUCAGAUUGCCUGGAUAAGAGAGCUUCCCAUGUUGCUAAUCCUGCUGGGUGAUAAGAACACGUCCCACUCCCAGGUUGUGUUACACCUUUUACUUCGGCUGGGACAGUGUGCUUUCAUGAACUAUUCCUUUGCAUUGGAAUAUGACAACAUGCAAUUCUCACUGCAAGAAUUUUUCUGCAUAUAUCAAGAUGAUGGAAAUAUAAUAUAUGGUCCUUUUGUAAGGCUGCCCAGAGAAUCUCAGGAACUCUCUCUUUGUUGCCUUCGUUAUAUCUCUAAUUUGGAUUUGCAUAUGUUGAGGUCAAUAGCUUAUUGUUGCCUAUGUCCAGAAUUGGAACAGUAUGUAAUAAUUCGAGUCAUAGAGAUCCUGCAUUCAGCUUAUAAAUCUGGACAUAUUCAAAUUGCGGAUCACAUUAGUUUCUUCAUCACUUUGCUCUCCCGCUUCAGAGUUUUGCCAGAAAAUGUUAAUGCUGUUAUGGAGAGAGAUGUGAAUAUCUCAAAUCGGGGGACUUUUAAAUCAAUCACUGGCAUUGUUUGCUCGUGUCUGUUACAGAUGGGCGAUAGUUCUCUUGUUUUUAAAAUACUAGAAAAAAUGGUACUAGAUCAAAUGUUGCAAAACCUUCCGCUAGACAAUGUCUGUGCUAUGCUUAGGAUGCUUAUUGCACUGGACUCUGAAGAGACAAUAAUUUCUGAACAAGCUUUUGUAAGCUUAGUCAAAAUCCUUCCGCGAUAUCUUAUUGACAUUGUGCAUUGCAUUGCUGAAGAUGAUGGGAAGGCCUCUGGUUCCCUUUCCUCGAGUGCAUGCUGUUAUUAUCUUGUUCCUUGCUUUUUCUUAUUUGUUAAAAGUCACAGACUUCUGGGUCUUGUGUCGAAGAUGUUGGGGUCAUGGAUAAAUGAAAGUUUGUCAAUUUUACCUUGCGAUCAUACCCACUAUGAAACAGACAUUUCAAGCAGGGUAGAAGCAAUCGUUUCAGUUCUUCUCUUGUUGCAUAAGGAUGACAAAAUUUGGCAAAUUAUGUCUUCAUUCAAGGCAGAGAUUGACUGUAUUUUGCAAAGCAUCGUCUCUAUACAGUCCUCAGAGGAAAUCAGCGUGACCCUUCAAGAAAAGCACAAAUUGAAAUGUGCACAUGAUAGACUAGAGAACGCCACAAGUGCAUUGCAUGCUGAGAUGCAGUUCCGGAGAAAUUUAGUAUCCUUGAGCCAGCUAGACUCCAAGGGCUGCAGGGUUUCAUCAGCAGGGGGAGCUAUGAAAAUAUCACGUGGCUGCAUGGUCCUAAUGAAGGGAGAAAAGUGUGGAAGUAUGUUCCGUCUGAUAGGAAAAACUCAGACCUCGAAGGUUGAAGGGAAACGGUGUGCACGAGGAUGCAGGUACCUGAAGCGGGUCUCGUUUGCGAGCAUAGCAGAGACUCCAGUGACAAGUUUCCAAGUUUCAGACGAUGGUGAGAGGGUAAAUCCUGCUAGGGAAGGGGUCAAGUCGAGGUCCCUCUUCAGAGCCAACAGAGACUCUGCUUCAGAAUCUCGCCACAAGCUCGAAGCUGUAUCCGACAGUGCUGGAGCCGCCGCGCUCCAUCCACGCCUCGUGGCAGUCCCACGGCUUCCGCAUGCCAUCAUCGAGCCUAAGAAUCAGCCACACACUGCGAGCUGGGAGAGGCCACUAACAAUGUCACCAUCCAUCUGA